UACACAUUAUACUGGACCGAGUGGCUGACAGUUCUAGACGCGAGCAGACCGCGUGACUGCUUACUUACCUACCUAUUCUGUAGUUUUUGGCAAAAAAUAUAAAAAGUGCACUUUCCGAGCCAAGAUCCAAGUGAAACGUUUUACAAAUGUGACGAAAUUGUCGAGGAUUAUUGGACCUUUAUCUUGCUGAUCAAGUUUUGGAUUAUUGCGCAAUCAAAGAUGUCGCUGCAGGAGCUGGGCGUGCAGCUGUUCGACGCGGGGGCGGUGCGGCUCGGCGACAUCGAGGCCAAGCUGGGCCGCCGCACGCCCUUCUACUUCGACCUGCGCGUCGUGGUCUCGCAUCCUCACAUCAUGAUGGCGAUCGCUCAACAGCUUCAAGUGUUGAGCUCAGAAAUAGAGCACGACAUCCUGUGCGGCGUGCCCUACGCCGCGCUCCCCUUCGCGGCGGUCAUGUCGGUCAACACCAACACCCCCAUGAUUAUGAAGAGGAAGGAAACCAAAAUGUACGCGACCAAGAAAAUUCUCGAAGGCGUCUUCGAAAAGAACCAAAACUGCCUAGUCGUCGAGGACGUGGUGACAUCUGGCGGCAGCUUGCUGGAAACUGUCACGACUCUGCGCGACGAGGGGCUCGCCGUCACGCACGCCGUCGUAGUUCUCGACCGAGAACAAGGUGGCGCUAGCGUGCUCGCCGCCAACGGUGUUCGAGUGAAAGCGCUGUUCACGAUGACCGAAUUAGUGAACAUUCUCAGAGACGCCGGCAGGAUUAGCGACGAAACUGUAGAAAUUGUGUCCGACCACAUCAAGCAAUGUCAGUUCGGCAUGAAGGACAACUUCGAACAAUUGACUGCGCCGUUAUGAAACCUGGUGCUCACGUAUCUACCUACCUACGUUACAGUUCAAUCCUGAUUCAAUCCCUAAGGAUUAUGUUUCGCCUCUAGAUACUUAUCUGUUAUUGAUCAAAUAUUAGCAAUGCCUAACAUUGUAAUUAUUGAUUAUUACCUACCUUAACUUUUAACUUGAGAUAAUCAUUGUUUAUCUAUUACAAUAAUUUCCUGUUAGGUAGGUAGGUACAAUGUAAGUGGACUCACCAUCUGUAAUAUCAUCAUCAUUAUGGUAGGAUAGAUAGCUUCUGUAUUUUUAAGUUAAAUUUAUAAUGCAUACAGCGGAAUGAUUGUGGAAUAAAAUGGCUGUUUUAGUAUUUCCUACCCAGUAUAAUAAACGUUAUCCACAUACUAGUUAGCUACUAAUUAAUUAGCGAGACCGUUAUGGAAAGGAAACGGCACAGCGACAGCGCUCUCUGGCGCAUGCAAAUGAUUUGCGAUUAGCAUAAGCCUAACACUUUAAUAUAAUUUAAAAUUUUAUUUAAGGGUUUUAGAAAAUAAAACAUCUAAAUAAAAUUA